AUGUCCUCAGGUGCAGUUGCACUUUGCAAACAUUUUGAGCGUGGCGGUGCAUCGUCGGAGCAUGGCCGAGCACACCCAUUCUGGACCCUGCCAACGGGGAGCAACGAGAACAAGACGGAAAUCGCAAGGGGAAUAUUGGAGGACAUGCUUGUGCAAGCAGUCUGGAGGAAUGUGAUGCUGUUGCACCAUGGGGUAGCAGUGUACGAGAUUAGGAAUGCACGAGGAUAUGGGAUGAGGUGGACACUGGAUAUUGAAGAGAAGAAAGAUGAUAUUCCAUCGGAUGUUCAAACGAUGACCGCCAACGGAGACACCCUCGUCCCGAAUGAAGAAGAUGAUUUCCACAAGGACUGGGUGAUUAUCAAGACGACCUUUCGUGGGUUCUUGGAGCCUAUCGCUGGAAUGGAUCACGAGCUGCCCGGACAAGACGCGAGCACAGCUGAGGAGUCGUUACGUACGCAGGAGAAGCUGCGCGAAGGAUAG